AUGGGCUUAAUUGGUAAGAAAUCUUCUCAGCGGCCUAAGCCAAAGCUAGUGCGUGUAAAGGAGGUGAAAGAAGAGCCACCCAUCCCAAGCAUUAGAGAUCCUAAGCCAAAAAAAGCGAUAGCUAAGAGACCAACAAGGCCUCCGCCAACUGAGAGAGAGAAAUUACUAUUAAGGUACCUGAAUUCGCACAAAGAGCAGCAGUUGCAAAGGACCAAAACUUAUCUGAAAAAACGGACCCUUCAAGAGCGCAAAGAUAUGGAAAGACAGCUAACUUUAAAACAGCGAGAGGGUAUACGCACGAUAGAAAUGAUACAAAAGACACAAGACAGAUUUCUAGUGGAAGGAGCUACAUGGAACAAGUAUCUUGAAAGUGUCGCCGCUGCAAGGAGAGCUGAAGAAAGGAGGAGCAGGCAACUAGGGGUCUUUCAGGAUUAA